UCCUCUGAUAUCUCCAUUACGAAAAGGUAGUAGAGAUGGAUGAGAAAGCUCCUUCCUCCUCUAAGCCAGACCAUAAUUCAAAUCCAAAUCCUAAUCAUAGACCUCCUCGCCCAUUAAAUGCAACCGUUACUGGUCAUGUUGCUCGUCUCGUUCCUGUCGCAAAAGCCUAUCAUCAGCCUCCGCCUCCACCCUUUCGGGCUCGCCAACGCCAAAAGAAUCGCUCGUGCACCCUCUUCCUCUGGCUCGUGCUUCUCCUCUUCGCUCUUGUUUUCAUAUUUGCUAUAGCAACUGGUGUUUUCUACGUUCUUUAUCAUCCCCAUCGUCCAGAUUAUUCCAUCACCUCCUUACGAUUUGUCUCCUUUAAACUGAGCAAGAACCAACUUGCUUCAUCCUUAAACCUCACCGUCAUUGCGAACAAUCAAAAUACCAAGGUAAAAUUUCUCUACAGCCCAUUUUCCAUUUCUGCCACCUAUGACGGAGUUCCAAUAGGCGAUGGGUAUUUUCCGGCAUUUGUUCAUAGGACAGGGAACACGACUAAACUGAAGGCCUUGGUGGAAGGUACUGGGAGGGCGAUAGACGAGAGAAUGACAGAGAGCUUAAAGAGAAAAAGGAGCCUGAGGAUAAAGAUUGAGAUGGAGACAGAGGUUGCGGUUAAGAUUGCUGGCUUGAAGACCAAAAUGAUUGGAGUCCGCAUUGCCUGUGCUGGAAUUGAGGUAGCAGUACCCAAUGGUAAGAAGAGACUUAUACCACAUUCGAACUCGAGUAAGAGGUGUGAUGUAAAGCUUUCGGUUCAGAUAUGGAAAUUGACAUUUUAAACGGAAGCAAUAAAAGAGAAUACUACAUGAACAGAGCUUGAGCAUUGACAGGUAAGAAAAUUGUUAUUAUUAAG